UAAAGAAACAGCUCUUUCUUAGCGUCUCUUUCUUUUACUGUAGUCUGCAUAAUUCACCUAACUAUCUACCUCACCCUACGUUAUCACCUGGACUACCUGACCGUUACCGAAGAGUAUCUAUCUAUCGGCUUUAAAGACCCCAAAAGUUCCUAUCGUCGCAAUUUCAGACUAUUCCCCCACGCAAUUUAGCUAAACUCAAAACAAACCCCUGGUGGGUCAAAUCUUGGGUAUUCAAACAACUUGUCAGACAUAAUGAGGUCCUUGGACGAAAGCAAAACCCGAUGGCAGGAAACAGUCAAGCAGAGUAACAGCUUCGACGACCUCCAGAGAGCGGUCAAAUUCAACGGUCCCGACAGUCCUUGUGAAGCCGGCUGUCGUUCAGUUUGCUGGAAAGCAUUUCUUUUAUUCCAGAAUGCUCCCUCUAGCAGCUGGUCGCAUUUGUUACUCGAGGCCAGGAAUCAGUACAGCAGCCUAAGAGAGCACCAUUUGCUGUACAUCAAACAUCCUGAGAAGCUUGCUGAGCUCACCGUCGAUCCCUUGGCCGAUGAUCCAUCUUCGCCGUGGGAUACAUUUAGGCAGGAUGAGUCAAUCCGUGCCGAAAUCCUUCAGGAUGUCCGCCGACUACCCGAUGAGCCUGUUUUCUACCAUCAAGAGACUACUCAGACCUUGAUACUCGAUAUUCUCUUCCUUUGGUGCAAAACGCACCCUGAAUGCGGUGGCUACCGGCAGGGCAUGCAUGAACUAUUGGCACCGAUGGUCUAUGCCGUACAUCAGGAUGCAGUCGAUCGCGCCGCCGCAACAGAGGCCGUGGCCGAUCCAACAAUGGUCGAGAUGCUCGAUUCCUACUUUGUGGAGCACGACUCAUUUGCACUCUUUUCGGCCGUCAUGCAAACUGCCAAAGCUUUCUACGAGGUCAAGUCUGACUCUCAGUCAGGGAGCAGCUUGAGUCCAACACCUGCUGUGGCCACCACUCCGAUCUCUACUGAGCAAAGUGCUAUUGUGGAGAGGAGUAGGCAAAUUCAUGAGGUCACCUUGAUGAAGGUUGAUCCCGAGCUGUCCACCCACCUUAGCAAUAUCGACAUCUUACCACAAAUAUUCCUAAUACGCUGGAUACGUCUUCUCUUUGGCCGUGAAUUCCCUUUUGAGCAGCAGCUUGUUCUUUGGGAUACCAUGUUUGCAUUUGAUCCAAACUUGGAGCUCAUAGAUCUCAUUUGCGUGGCCAUGUUGGUCAGGAUAAGGUGGAGCUUAUUGGACGCCGAUUAUUCCACAGCUCUACAGACACUACUGAAAUAUCCCGCACCACAGCCGCCACACGGGCCGCACACCUUUGUUGAUGAUGCCGUCUACCUUAGGGAUCACCUCAACCCGGCAGGUGGUGCAGCUCUGAUCCUCAAAUACACCGGUAGAGCACCGGCCCAACAAGCAGAAAAGCAACAGCCCUCGUCGACGUUCGCCUCACCUGGUGCCUCACGUUCCUCCACUCCAAACUUUGGCUUCAACAGUCUUCGUUCCUCCCGGAAUUCUGGGGCUCGGUCUUCACCAUCAUCAGCAGCACGUUUCAUUCAACAGCAGGCAAAUGUUGAGGCUUUAUUCCAGGGCGCGGCAAAGAACUUUAUCGAGCAUGGCGAGCGACUCGGCCUUAACCAAGCAGUCCGCGACAUCCGCCGUAAUGUUCAGCAGAGUAUUCAGGAGGCCCGGAAGGCCGCAGCUGUGAGGAGCGCUGCUGCUGCCGGCUCUAAUGCGUUUGGGAUUUCCAACAAUGGUUUCGGCAACGAGCUUCCAUCGGCUGCAGCGCUCGCCAGGCGCAAUCGCCAACUCGCCGCCAUGCUCGACGAGGCGGUUGCCGGCUUGCGGAACCUGGCCGCUACAACUGCGCAAGAAACAUCAUCCGACAGUGGGGAGUCCAACAGGUCCGCCCAGAAGGACGCUAUCGAGAUGGCUGCUGCGCGUGUGCAGUUCGUGCAAGUCUAUUUAGAGGACUCGAGCCUCUUACUUCCAGAGGAGGAACCGUCCUCGCCGAAUCAUUCAGUAGCUAGUCAAGGGAACAAGGAUCAAAUACUAUCGCCAGCGCUUGCUAUAACUCCUGAUGACGAUACAUCAGUGUCUUCGAGCACCAAUGCCGUGCUUGAUGCUGUGCGAGAUGACCUGCGGUCGUCGCCUACUGGGUCAGAUAGAGGUCGUGCUGGUACCCAAGAAGUGAUUCCUUCGCCGAACCCCAACGCCAUCGCUGAAGAGGACGAGAGUGUUGAUAGGAUGGAUACUGAUGAUGCUCCUCCUACGUCUGCCAUCACACCGACGGAAUCAAAAUCCAAGACAGCGGAAGCACAAGCACAAACCCAACAACCGAAGCCACCGCCCCCAGCGCCUGAAGAGCGACGGCCACUGCCGAUCCCGACCCGUUCAAGCAUCGCACAGUCUUCCUUCUCAUGGAUGUUGGAGCCCGACGUAUCACCAUCGGCAGCAGCCAGCGCGGCGGCUCUGGCAACGUCGCCAAAAUACAAGACACCCAGGUCGACGUCUAACGGUCCAUUCUCAACCUCGGCACCGCCGUCAAACAGAAAAAGGAUGCCGGGGAGUAGAGAAAGGAACGCGUUCCUAUUCGGGGAGGUGACAACACCGCCGGAAGAUGGCGAAGAAGGAUUGGCCAGCAGGAGGAGGAACGGUCCGGUGACUUCAGAUGAGAUUUUUGGACUUGAGCCUUUGAGGAAGGCCCUUCCGCCUUCGUGAAGACGUUUUAUGCAUGCGGGUACGCGUGAGGAGCGGCGAUAAGUACACCAAUUUAACGGAAAGCGGGGGUUUGGCUGGGAGCAUAAGGGAGCAAAGGCACCCUCUUUUUCGAAGGUUUGGAAGUGUUGGAUCCCAAAUUCAAGUACUAUACUACCGGUUUGGUGCGUAUCGAUACAUACGACCAUACCCACUGGAAUAUACGGGAUCCCGUCCGCUCUCCCCUAGACCAAACCAGUGAGGACAGGAUGGGUACUAAACGCCAAGAAACUUGGAUGCUAUGACUGAGCUCCAAGGGCGGUCAAUGACACGCUG